CCCUUCUUCAAGAUGGCGUCGAAGAUGGGUUCGCGACGGUGGAUGCUGCAGCUGAUCAUGCAGCUGGGUUCCGUGUUGCUCACACGCUGCCCCUUCUGGGGCUGCUUCAGCCAGCUCAUGCUGUACGCUGAGAGGGCCGAGGCGCGCCGGUGAGCGGCUCCGCGCGGUCGCUGAACGUGGUGGGGGCUGUCCGGCCCGUCUCAGGAACGGGGGUGCGGUGAGGAAGCCCGACAUCCCAGUGCCCUACCUGUACUUCGACAUGGGGGCGGCCGUGCUGUGCGCUAGCUUCAUGUCCUUUGGAGUGAAGCGGCGCUGGUUCGCGCUGGGAGCCGCACUCCAGCUGGCCGUUAGCACCUACGCCGCCUACAUCGGGGGCUACGUCCACUACGGGGACUGGCUGAAGGUCCGCAUGUACUCGCGCACAGUUGCCAUCAUCGGCGGCUUUCUUGUGCUGGCCAGCGGCGCCGGGGAGCUGUACCGUCGGAAACCCCGCAGCCGUUCCCUUCAGUCCACCGGCCAGGUCUUCCUGGGCAUCUACCUCAUCUGCGUGGCCUACUCCCUGCAGCACAGCAAGGAGGACCGGCUGGCGUAUCUGAACCAUCUCCCAGGAGGGGAGCUGAUGAUCCAGCUCUUCUUCGUGCUGUAUGGCGUCCUGGCGCUGGCCUUCCUGUCAGGCUACUACGUGACCCUGGCUGCCCAGAUCUUGGCUGUACUACUGCCCCCGGUCAUGCUGCUCAUUGAUGGCAAUGUUGCCUACUGGCACAGCACCCGGCGCGUUGAGUUCUGGAACCAGAUGAAGCUCCUUGGAGAGAGUGUGGGCAUCUUCGGGACCGCCAUCAUCCUGGCCACUGACGGCUGAGUUGCACAGCCUAGCGGGAGGCUGCAAUGGGCAUGCGGAGCCACAAGGGCCACCCUAGCUUCCUCCUUGCUGGCCCAGUUAUGUUUAUUUAUGCUUUUUGGUCUGUUUGUUUGACCCUGUGUGUUGUGUGUGUGCACGCGCGCGUGUUGGUUGGAGGCAGGUCUCUUCCCCAGUUCCUGGGCUUGGGCCUUGGUGGGGGGGGGAGCCCUGGUGACUGUGCUUUACGGGUUUCUUUUUCCUGUUUGUUACGAGAGCUGGGGCCAGCUGUGCGCCUGGGUCUCCUGUCCCAGGGACGGGAGUAAGGCUGGACGAGGGUGGGGGUACCCAGGGUGGGAGCCAGUGGAAGGGAGACCGAGAACCAGCAGUGAGCCAAUGUGAAGAAUUCCUUUUCGAAACCUGCAGAUGCAGGGAGGCUUUGCAGUGCUUUUCAGAGACUGAGAGUGAGUGCGUGUGUGGACACGUGGACCAGGCCCGGGAGAGCAGAGGGGCCAGGCACCGCGGAAGUCGUGGGCUCUCAGGGUACUCCAGUGUCAGAAACAGCACUAGCUGUCACCCCCUUUGAGGGCAGAACAGGCCCCCCAUCCACUCCGGGCUGUGCAAGGGUGGGGCAGGCAGCAGCCAACUUCCUGCCUCUGGCCUUCUGUUUCCAGCCCCGUGGGGGUGGGCACCCUCCCAAACACCAGACCACACAGUCCUCCAAAAAUAAACAUUUUAUAUAGACA